UCACAAUUAUCAACAUUAUUUAGUGUGUGUAUCAUUACAUAUCAACUAAGACGACCUUUUUUUCCCACUUACCUUUUAUCUCGUCGAUUCCUAUUGUUAAGGUCAUCAUGUUUACCGCUCACCUUUUACUGAUCCUGCUGUUUUCCCGAAAUCCUUCAGGCCUAACGGCUUCUCCUCCUCCUGGAAUAACAGUAUCUCUCUCUAAUUGUGGACUCUUUUUAGAUUAAGAUUAAGAUGAUGAUGAUGAUGAGAAAAAGAGAAAAUAAUUAAAACGAAACUGAGGAGAAAAAAUUGUGACAAUCUAAAAGGAUGUAAUCAUAUUCACCUCUUUUUUAAUCAGAAUUAAAGUCAAUUGUUACGAAGGAGAAAAAAAUGUUCAAUCUAAUUUUGUUUUCUUCUUCUAUUUGUAAAGUAAUUAACUUUAAUCAACAUUAUCAUCAGUAUCAUCAUCUACUUUCAAUCAAUUCAAUCAGUAAAUUGUUCAAUCAACUCUAAUUAAUCAACAUCAAUUUUCAACUUGUUUUCACAUCAUGUCAAUUUUAACUCAAUCAUAUUUACCUGAUCAACUUAUCAACAUCGUUGCUUUUUGGAAACCUUUUAAUUGUUAACAAUUUAACUAAAUUCUCGUGGUUCCAAUGUGUUAAUUAUCAACUGGAUUAACUUUGUAACCUUUUUAAUUACAAUUUUUGGGAGAAAAUUUGUUUUUUUUUUCAAUUCACUUUGUUGACUCUUUUCUGUUAAUCCUCUUGAUGGUUUUACUUAUUAUCGUCACUUGGGAUUUAACCAAUAACGAUCUUAAAUCUAUUCUUUAUUCUGGAUUAACUGGAUUGUAAUUGUAGUUGAUUAACUUUUCCAGGUAUGGAUUAUGUUCUUCUACAAUUAGGUAACCCUGGUCGUUACCAAUUGUUUAUUGCUUUUCUCCUUUGUUGCCUUCAAAUACCAAUUUCCUUCUCUGGUCACCUUUGGUCAUUCUAUAUGGAUGAUGUUCCUCAUCGUUGUUAUAUACCUUCAAAUCAACGGAAUGGUUCAAAUGAGAUUGAUUGGAUUCCACGAACAAUUAAUGAAAAAACGGGUUCAACCAUUUUCUCUUCUUGUGAAAUUUUCAUCGAUCCAUUUGCCCAUUGGAAAGGUAAUAAAAAGUGUACCACUGGUUGGGAAUAUCGACCCAAUGAAGGUCAACAUAAUCCAAUCAUCGAAUGGGAUUUAGUUUGUGAUCGAUCUUAUCUGGUAACAUUACUAUUUUAUACCUCCCUUGGAUCAUCAAUCAUCGGUGGACUAAUUGUUGGACUAAUUGCCGAUCGAUUUGAACGUAAAUCAUCACUUCUAUUUUCGUUGUAUUUAUUUGUGGCAGUCGCUUUUUCAAUGCACUUUGUUCAGGAUAUCAUUUCGUUUGGUAUCGCUUUUUGUUUACAAAACUUUUUCCUAAUGGGUAUUCAAAUUGCAUCUUAUGUCCUUCUUAUGGAGAUCAUGCCUUCCCCGUAUCAAUUUCAAGCGUCCGUUUAUUAUGUGGGCUUUUCGAUAGUCUCAUCGAUGAUUGUCCCUCUAAUUAUGUGGCUCAUUUCUUCAUGGAGAUACAUACAAUUAGCUAUUUCUGCUCCAGGGGUUGUAUUUUUUGCUCACCUAUGGAUUUUACCUCGAUCGCCGUUGUGGUUAAUCUCUGAGGGUAAAAUGACCGAAACCGAAAAUCUUAUGGAAAAUCUUGGUAAACAAAAUGGUAAAUCAAUGCCUCCAAGUUUUAGAUUACAUUUGCAAAAUUUUCUUAAUCUAAUCAAAAGUUGCGAUGGUUUAAGUGGAAAACGACACAAUAUUUGGUCACAAUUUUCAUCGCCAUCAUUACGUUGGUACCUAUUGGCUCAUUUUUACCUUUUCUUUGUCACUUAUUUAUCACUAAAUGUCACCGAUUCUCAGGUAUUGAGAUUACAUCAAACUAAACACACUGAUUACUUUUAUCGAGGUCUAAUGGAUCUCGGUGCUCUUACAAUAAUCUAUCAUAUAUCAAUGAGAAUUGGACCAAGACCAAUGCAAUCAAUUAUCUUCAUUCUAAGUGGACUCUUGAUGAUGAUUGCGAUUUCCAUUGAAGAGCUUUUUCCAAUUAACAAUGAACAAAAUGGUUAUAAUUAUCAUAUAUUGUUGAUUCCGUCAACUUUGGUUUCUGCAGCUCGAACCUUAUUGAUGACUUUACCCAUUUUCAUUUGGUAUCAUACAAUUAAAACUUUACCAACGGGAAUUAGGGCAAUUGGAUUCGCUUGUUGUUUUGCUUGGGGAGUUGUUGGACAAAUGUCGGCUCCUAAUCUUUUAGUACUUGCUGAAUUAAUUGCUCCUUUUAUCCCGAUUGGUUUGUGUGGAUCUUUGUCCAUGAUCGCCGGUGGUUUGUCGCUUCUUUUCCCUGAUUUCUGGCGAAAACCGCUACCAAACACUUUGUCGGAUGUUGAGAAUCGUUCAUCACCACAGACAACAAUUAGUCGAUCAUCAAUCAGUGAUGGAUUCCGACAAAUUAAAAGUCUAAACUCACAAUAUAUCAAAUCACCUUGUGAAAUUGAUCUUUGUACAUCAAUGGAUCCAAAGACAGAGGCGAAACUAAUUCUUGCACAAAAUUUGAAUCCCGAUCAUCAUCAUCAUCUUCAUCAUAAUCAUAAACAGCAACAAUUACAAUUUCAACACAAUCAACAAUAUCAUUUAUCACAACAACAACAAAUACAACAAUUACCAUUGACACAAAGUGAUUGUUAUUACGAUGAUGGAUUAACAACAAAUCACCUUACCUAUGGAGGUAUAAUCGAUGUAAAUUAUGAUAACUCUUCAACAAUUAACAGACCAAUGAUGCACCCUGACAUUGAUAGAAUCAAUUGUAUUCGCGAUUCAAUUGUUCUCAGUGAAACCCAAGGGUCACAAUUAACUGAACUUGAUGAUAUGGUUGUUGAUAAUGGUAACUGGCAUUUAUUUUCACCUUCAGAUAAUCAUUUGUAUUUACCUUCAUCAACCUCUGGACAAUUAACUUCAAAUCUUAUUGGUCAUAAUCGUAAUGGUAUAGUUGAAACUAAUCGCUCUUUUCGUGAUUUACAAAUUUUUUCAAACAAUGGACAAACUAAUCAACACCAUUCUAAUCACACCAAUCAACAAAAUAGAUCAACAGUUGAUGAAGAUGAAAAUUCUGCUGUCAUUAUAAUUGAAAAUAGUGUUGCUCAAGUUUCCGAGACAAAACUCUGAUUUCUAUCAGAUAAUUGAACUUUUAAAGUUUCGAUUUUUUUUAUAUGUAAAUGCAAGUACAUCAAACAACUAAAUAAAUAAUGCA